AUGAGCGAUACUAAAAGUUAUAUUAUUUCCUUGCGUGACACCAUCCCAGAUGACAAGCUUGCGACAAUCAAGGACGAGGUCAAGAAGAUGGGUGGGGUCAUCACCACCGAAUUUGAGCUCAUCAAGGCGUUUACCGUGAAGUUGCCAUCAAUCCAUACUGCUGCCAUCAGCAAAUUCCCAGACGUUAUCGCUGUCGAAGAGGACUCAGAGGUUCACAUUAAUUGA